UCUUUCUUUUUUUUUUUUUUUAAUCAUCCCAUCCUAUUAUUCCCCAUCACGACGUGGACGUGCUCGUUGUUCCCGGCAACGGGAGUCCGUUCGAAACGAGUGUGUUCGACCAACGAAAUUGUAACCUUCCCCUCCCCAUUGUGACCGUGGUAAAUACGCGAUAAACAGGAAGAUGAAUGCGAGCAAUAGCGAGGGGCCGGUCAUUGAAAAUUUCAGGCAGCCUGAACAUCGCGUUCCUUUCGCGAGUAAACGCGAAAUUAUUUUACACAAACGAGGUUCGUAAAAUUCGAUCCGUGAAAUUCCUUCGAAUGCGCUUUCUCUUUUUCAGAUCGGGAUUUUCGGAAAUCCAACGCGAGUAAAUAUUUAAAUUUCCAUAAAAAAAAGAAAAAAUGAAAUCAAGAUUGAAGUUCGUCGCGUUCACGGAAGACGCGUUAAACCGUCCUCUCGCCGAUUACACGGGAAAUAGUUAUUCGCAGGUGGUGAAAUUAUGUUGGACGAUUUCGAGCGAUCGCCGUGCAACAUUAUCGGCAACAAUAUCGAGAGGAACGGUGUACCAAAUCUGUUAAUCACAAAAGCUCGCUGUUCCUCGUGUGCUCAUUAUACUUGGCAGGCCACGGGCUUUCCAUUGAACGAUGUAGAAUUAUCAUCGAUCAGCCGAUAGCAUUACGAUUCCAUUAUCUGCAUCUGUGCCGAACUCGGCCCGCCUAACCCUCGCUCGUUACCAACAGCCUCCAUCUCCAACCCGUAAUCCCAUCAUUGUACUAUACCUUGCGAAUAUUAUCAGUAUUUACUAGACGCGCUCGUUAACCAACCAAUCUUCCUUAAAAUCAUUAUUUUCAAAAACGUUUCUUCGUAUAUAUAUAUAUAUAUAUAUAUAUACGUAUUUCUCCAUCCACUUUCCUUUUUAUUCCUUUUUCAUUCCUGAUGAAACCUUAUCCGAGUAUUCAAGUAACACGAAGUAGUACUCCUCUCGUCAAGUUCUCCUUGACUUUUUUCGAAAUUGACGAGGAUACUAAUAACGUUGAAGAGAAUCAAUCAAAGUUUGAUCUCAAUUUCAUUUUCGAAAUCGGAAAAAGCAAGGCUAAAAAUCUUUUUCUCCUCCUCCUUCUCCCCUUGGAACUUUCGUUUCGAAGAGCUUGUCGAGCGAGUCGAAGUCCGAGCUUUCGGAUUUUGCGCGGAGGGAGGAUGAAUUCUCGUCGGGGAAACGAAGAAGGCUAACGACAUUUGACGGGAGGACGACACGCGUCCACUCGCGAAAUGGUCGUGGGCCAGACUGGCGCGUCGCAUCGACGCGUCCCACGAAAAUCUCGCGGCACUCUCGUGGCGGCGAAGGGCGCAGGCGCCCCCGACGUCCGGCAUCCGGUGGCGGCAAGCCGACUCCGGAUUUUCUCUCUAGUGUCGCGUCAACCGCCGCUCGAGUGUCGCGCGCGUCGUUCUGCACCCUUCGACUCGGACUCGGACUCGACUCGACUCGACUCGACUCGACUCGACUCGAAUCCAACCCUCCCUCCUCGACGCGCGCUCUUCGCCUCCGGCCAACGCCAUGGAUUCCAUUCUGACGGGGUGGUUCGCGUGAUUUUGAACGGGAGGUAAUACGCCUCUACCUCGCAAUUAUGAGGGAGAAACGUUGAAACGGUUGAGCCGCGGCGGAUCCUGUUCGCGGUGUGUCUCGCGGCGGAGAAGGAGAUCGAAUGGGUGUCGACGCGUGUGUUUAUAUUUAUAUUAUGCUCGUACGUUUACAUCGUAUCCGUUUCCCCGGAACACGAGGAUAAUAUCGUCGCGAUGUCGAGCGUCAAGUGUGUGUAAACACGUGUACGUAAACUCGUGCGUACGUAUAUUAUUAUUCCAAGGGGACGGAGUUCGCAGUCGGUGUUUCGCCGUUCGAGCGAUCGUGCGCGGUGAAUUCGAAGGGGAUUUUUUGUGGGAGAGAAACGAGAAAAAGAUCGUCGCGUGUGUAUGUGUGUGUGUGUCGCAAAGAAGGGGGCAAUCGGAGGAAAGUGCGUCGACUAUGAAUUGGUGGAAAGUGCGAGCUGUCGUGAAUUCACCGGAGACGUCGCCCGGCUGUGAAGGAAUGCUCGUGUCGGGCGCCGAAGCACGAGGGACGUCGCAUCUUUAACGUAAUGCGAGAAAGCAAAUGAACCUCGCACGCGUGCACGCACGAUCGGCCUCUGCAUGCACAAAGGCAGCCGUGCGAGAGACGGCGUACAGUGAAUUUUCCACGACCAGGGCCAGACUUUUAGUUGUUAAACGCCGGGGGAAGGGAGAGGGCCCGGGUGGAAUCCUUGGCGGAAACGAACGAAACGGCCGAUUUGUCAAAUUGAUUCGAAGCGGCAUGCGCGUGGAAUUUUAAGUCCACCUCUCUUGGUCGAAUCGGCGCAAUACAGGGAGAUUAUGCAGAGGGCGGUGCUACUGCUCUGUUGGCUGCCGCUCCUCAACCACUGCCACGCCGUGAAUCCAGGUUGCUCUUGCGUCGUCUACAGCAGCUCGGACAGACCCCAAGGUGGCACGUUCACAUCGCCUUAUUAUCCAAAGCCAUAUCCGUCGAAUAUCGAUUGCCUCCUUUACACGUUCAUCGGUCAACCCGACGAAAUCGUCAAGCUGACGUUUCACCACUUCAAUAUCCGUCGCGCUCGAUCAGACUGCGUGGGUGGUGACUUUUUAAAAGUGUUUCUACAUUUGGAGGGGAGCGGCGUUUCCGAGUACACCCCCUGGUCCGGAGUGCUUUGCGGGGAUCUACGGGACGUCCCCCAGGUCCUCUACAGUUCGAGGUCCACGCUUAUCUUGGAGUUUCACAGCCAGGAAUCUUCCUCCUCUAAUGCGACCGGCUUUUUUGGAAAUUUCCACUUCAUCGAUAGGCGACUGUUCGAGACGGACGGCGUGUUGAUUCCCGGCACGAUGUGCGACCUCGAGUUUGUCAGCUCGCAAUCAAAACGGCAAUACGGCCGCUUCUACUCGCCACGGUACCCGUCCUCCUACCCAAAGAACAUCCGGUGCUCGUACCUCUUCCGGGCAAGGUUAAAGGAGAGGAUACGUUUAUUUUUCGAAGAAAUUUCUUUACAAAAGGGAGACUUGAGUUGCCUGAAUAGAGCGGAUUUAAUCAGAGUGCACGACGGUACGGAUUCAGGGGCGGCCACAAUAGCUAUGCUGUGCAACCAAGGAGCGGAAGUGGAAGUGCUCAGCACAGGGUCGGACCUGUACGUCGAGUUCGUCGCUAAUUCCGAAUGGCCGGGCCAGGGUUUCAAGGCGAUGUUCCAAUUCCAGCCAUUCGACGAGCCAGCACCGCAUCCUGAGCCGGACAAGGUCGUCCCAGGGGCCGUUACCGGUAACCCCAAGUACUCGGUCAUCGGACCGGCUGUCAGCGCUACCACGUCACUCUGCGACAUCGUUUUCAACAGCGACACGACAAAGACAGGGGUGGUCACGUCCCCGGGAUAUCCGAAUCCUUAUCCACCGAGGACGCACUGUACGUACGAGUUCCAGGGGCGGGGGAAGGAACGAGUCCAAUUGGUAUUCCACGAUCUCAACUUGUAUCAUACCUCGAACACGGCCAACGAAUGCGAGGGCGUGGAUUCCUUAAUGGCGUACGUGCACAUAGACAGAAAGAAGGAGAAAAUAGAUUCGUUCUGCGGCGAGAAACCGGCACGGCCUAUCAUGAGCAACGGACCACGUCUUUCUUUGGAAUUUAACGGCAUCACGUCAUCCCGCCAAUCCCCAGGCUUCAAAGCUGUAUAUACCUUCACGGAAAACUUUGGUAUUACGACAGGCCGACAAGAGGCGCAAUAUCCCUGUGCCUUUGUAUACAACAGCAACGAGACACGAAACGGCACGUUCACGUCGCCCAAUUACCCGGGCUUGUAUCCACGCGACACCGAGUGCCAUUAUUUCUUCAACGGCCAGCCGAACGAGCGAAUCCAUCUUCAUUUCCAUUUCUUCGAUGUCGAGGGUGUGAUGCCGUGCGAGCCAGUGUCCGCGAGCGACUUUGUCGAAUUUUCGAAUUUCAUGUCGAGGGACCGCAAGUACUCGAGGCACUGCGGCCAACAGAAGGAGUUCGACGUGAACAGCGACAGAAAGUUCUUUCGCGUGACGUUCAAGAGCAACGAUAGAUACGACGGGACAGGAUUCAACGCUAGCUACGUGUUCAUGGAUGACGAGGGAAAUUACACGACAAAGCCGCCGACGAGUAACGCGUCAACGUUAAAAGGUGCAGCGAUGACGACGCUGGUGAUGCUGGUGUUCACGGCUCCCCUUCUCCUCCUCCUCCGUUCCGGCCGAGUUUCACCGCUUUAAUCACGAUCAGUAAGUUGGACGGGAUGGUCUUGGCUCAAUUUACAACGAACUAUAACUUGGAAGACAGGGAGCCAUCCAAAAUCCUCCGUUAUUCGGCCGGGUAGCCGAGGAAAGUGGCCGCAUCGUUUGCAUCAACGUGAAAUUGGCAAAGGGAGACACCGAGCUGGAUGGGGAGGGAGAUCUUCGAGGACACAUCGUGAUUCAUUUACUAUUAUUAGAGAAACCUUAUCUCAACCACCGUUAUUAUCAUCUCCUUCGUCGUUUCCACCGCCGUCGUGGGUGGAGAAAAGAACGAAAAGCGACAAACAUAUAUAUAUCGAGGAGAGCGUAUUCGAGAAAGAGUGUAUGGGAUUAUAAUCGUUAUCCUCGGUUUCGUUUCUUCGAGAUAAUAAAAAGAGAAAUAGACAAUCUUUUCGCGAAAGAAAGAACAAAAUUUUAAACAUCGAUCGUUGCCUUACUUCUUCUUCUUCUUCCAUUCCAAUUUCGAAACAUCGCAUGCACUCCCUAAACAUCUCCUAACGUUUCACGCAAUAUAUAACGAACUCUCGAGAUGAUUCAGUAGAUACUUGAACACGAAUAAGAGAGAGGAUUAUUACGCGUACGAAGAGAGAGAGAGAGAUGUAUAAGAAAUGGUACGAGUCUAUAAUUUGUUGUAUAGAAUUACAAUUGCCCGAAAGUGCUCGAUUGUUAAUUCUUCUCCUCCUCGUACGGAAACGAAUUUAUUCAAAUCCCCUGUAAACUAUUUAUCCGAAGGAACUUAUUCAAAAGUCAUACAACGUGUAUAUAUAUAAAAUAUAUAUACGACGAACGGAGAAAAAUAAGGAGAGAGAGAGAGAGAGAGAAAUUCGCCUUCCUGCAGUGACACUAAAAGAACGUAUUUAUCAUUACGCAUCCUCUGUACGACUGUGAUGUUUCCAUUCCUUCUUAGUUCGUUAGAAUACAAAGUCUGAUUAUAUACGCGAAGAGAAAUGAAAGAGGGGUCUCGUAACGAGAACGAUGAUAGAUCGGAUCGAACGAUUUUAUCGAAUUAUACCGUGUUGGCCGAUGAAGAAGAUGACCGUGACGAAGAAGAAUGACGAAGAGGGGGGGAGAAAACUCGGUCAUUCGAAAAGGGAGAUCGGAUUUAACACGAGUGAUCUGUUCCAAUAUCGAAACGAGUAAUGAUAAUUGAUGAUCGAAGGAUAAAAUUCGACCAUUUUUCAAGCUGGUUAUAAUGCGCGCGAGAAAAGUUUGAAAUAAUUUUCCGAGCUUUACACAUAUGCACAUUGAAUAUUCGGAAUAACGAAACUAUGAAUUUCAAUUUCUUGCGUCUUAACCCUUCGAUAUUCCCCCUGGAUAAACUACCAUUGUUUGAACCAACAAUGGAACGACACUUAAACGAUAGUUAGUUAGAUUCGAAAGGGAAACAGGGGAGGGAAUGUUUAACGGAACGUGCGAGGAAGGGCGCGGUUUUAAUGAAAAGAAAACAGUGGUAAGAAGUUGGUAAGAAGGGUUGUGUUGGGAUAAAACGUGAUACACAAGAAACUUUCGUUCAAACUUUCAUCCACUUGAGGUCGACGAUCGAUAAAGAUAAAUGUUUAACGACCAGUGCGAAAGAGAGAGAGAGAUAUGAUGAUGACGAUAAAGGGGGGACGACAAUGGGGAAAUGCAUCGGAGGUAGAAAGUCAUUAUCAACCGAGUUAACGAUAGUUUCCACAAACUUUAUAACACAAAGGUUCCCCACUUUCCCGGAAAAUUAUUUCAAACUACAUAAACCGGUCAAACUGUAAACUAUAAGCCAAGGCCCACUUUCUCGAGCUUAUCCGUGGCGAGUAGAUACUCGAGGCAACGGGGGUGCAGUUUUUCCCCCCCCGAUUUUUCCAAUCCGUUAUUAUUAACGGAUCGUCGAGUCGAGGAUAUCUCGGUCAAAUAAAUAUAUAUAUGUCGUGUAACGAACAAUAAGAGGGGAGAAAGAAGAAAGGAAAGAGGAGAUUGACGAAAACUACUACGAAGACUACGAAGACUACGUUGAAGAAGAAAAAAAAAAAAAGAGGGAAAAAAUUGAACUCUCACGAAUUCAAUAUCGAUAUCUAUGUAUCCAAAGAUACAUAAGGAUAGGUAGCAAUACUGUCAUUGUGUACGUUAGACUAUUGUGAAUAUUUUUUAAUAGGUUUAUAAUGCGUUGACUACUUCUCCCGAGUUUCUGGUUGAUUUGUAAGAAAGAAGGAUGUAUUAAAGGGUUGCGCGAAGAGGAGGGGGAGUGCGACCACACUGUGCGUAAUUAAUUACAAUUUGAACGAUCGCGCGCGCGUCAGACGAUGGAUUAAACAUGAAUUGUAUAUGAAGCAGUUGCCACUUCCGUUUAUUGUUAUUUAUACGUUGUCUAAAUGAAGAUGGGGAGGGGAGGGAUGGGAUGGGGUGGGGUUCGAGAACGGCUGAAACGCUAUUAUAGAAAGUCGUAUACACCCGAAUUGGCGCCACGAUGAAAUUGCUUAACGUUUAACUACCACCGUUGUAAAUAUUGUUAUAUUACGUUCGAGUUGCUGUCAAACGAUACAUAUAUAUAUAUAUAUAUAUAUAUAUUAUCGAGCCGUUUUCAUGGACGGAGAGGGAAAAAAGAGAAAAAGAGAAGAGAAGAGAAGAGAAGGGAAAAAUGGGAACGAUAAUCGCGUAGCUUCGAGAGAUGCUAUGUUAAGUUUGUCAUUUCCGUUGCACGUUGCUAUUUCUGAGUCUGCAUCGAUCCGGGCAGCGAUAAGUAAAAAAAAAUGCUACGAAUUAAUUUGCCAAUUGCUUUGGCCCGAAUUGCGACCGAAGCCUCGAUCGGAAAACCUGGAUGGAGUUUAAGGGGAAUAGACGUGUUAAAGAGACGAGGCAAAAAAAAUAAAAGGAAAAAAAAUUAAAUAAAAUACGUACGCGCUUCUGAGGAAAAAAAAGAAAAAAAAAAAAAGUAGGCGAGAAACAAACAUACUUUGCGUCGGUUCCGUGAAAUUUUAAUUUCGCCACGAUAAAAAUAAAUACCAUGCCUAGUUGAGUUUUUUGCGAAGAUUAGUGUGCACUUGUAUGCAUUUAAUGAAGGAUCUACAUGUGUACAAGAACGACUUAACUAUAGUUGAGUAAUAGUUAUAUUAUAAAAAAAAAAAAAAAAGGAAAAAAAAAAAAAAAAAACUCUUCAAUCUCUUGCGAUUUUACGACUCAACGAGCGCUCCGUAAUUAGGCAGGAAGUUCAGGGGCGGCCUAGCAGCAAGUUCCUGAGUUCGAGAGAAACGAAAGAAAAAAAGAAAAAAAGGGGAAAUAAAAAAAGAGAGGGAAGGGGGAAAAAAGAAAAGAAAAAAAAAAAAAUAAGAAAAAGAGUAAACUUUUAUCCUUACACACCGCAUAUUACUGGGACCUGCGAGUUAUCAAAGUUGCGCCUGGGGCGCUCCAAAACUUUGUCCUGCGGUUAAAACUGUUCAAAAGCAUCGUAGUCGUGCUCCGGACAAAGCGCGAUCAUUGAUCGGAGCAUCGACUAUGGUAUCCGCUAAAGCGGCGGAUGUAUUUUCUUAUUCUGUUUUGAGGCUCUUGCCGGAACAUCUCACGCAUAAGUUACUGAACUGUAAUGCAAUCAUCGUUACUGUCCUAAUAAACCUUAACAUAUGACUCUGUAAAUUAACUGUCUCAAUACUUUCUUUCUUUCUUUCCGUCUUUUCUUUUUUUCGCAAAACCGUUCUCUUCGUUUCAAUUCUCGAAAAUCCGAUCGAACGUUCGUACGUGGAAAAAGUUUCUCGAAGAAAAAAAGAUUUUUAAUUCGUAACAAUUUGGGGGGAGUUUAUCUCCGUGUAUCGGAUCGAUCUGAUAAGUUGAUUUUGUUGAAUUAAUGGAAAUUAUCAUUCCAUUGAUAAUUGUCGAUGUACAUUGUACCGUCUUCGUUUUAAAAAUCUAAUUUUUGUACAUUUUCGAGCUGGUGCAAUAUUAUUGACAUUCCUGAAUACGAAUAUUAUUAAUAAAAUUCUACAAAAAUA